AUGGCCAAAAAUCUCGUGGAUCUUCGAUCCCUCGAGAUCGCCUCCAAAUAUGAUGGACACUUAAUGUGCCCUAUCUGCCACUGUCCCUUCGUUCACCCCAUGCAAUUGAACUGUGACCACAUCUUCUGCCAGCACUGCCUGGAUGUUUGCGUCGGACUUGAUACUUUGGACGAUGUUCUCUGUCCCACUUGUCGAUCGCCUAUCGAUCCCGCCAUUAAGAGCGCCCCCAGACUUAUUUCAGCAAUGUGUGAUGACAUACUCGUAAAGUGCCCUUACAAUGCUUACGGGUGCGACGAAGUCGUGCAACGAUGCCAUAUACAGGCGCAUGUCGACAAAUACUGUGACUAUAUGCCUAUCCCAUGCCUUGAUGUGACCUGUAAAAAGAUGAUCCGUGCCAAAGAUGCCCCCUCGGAUAAUCGCUGUCUACAUGAGUUGCACGAGUGCGAGGACUGUGGCGAGAUGAUAGCUGAGCUUCACCUUAAUAGACAUCUUAAGAAAGAAUGCCCGCAAGCAGAAAUCAAGUGUUCUGGCUGCGGCGCUACAUUUUGUCGGAACAAACUUCAGGAGCAUGAUGAAGUCUGCCCUACAAGCCCUUGCCGCGCCGCUUCCUAUGGGUGCAACGUCAGGCUCUCCAAAUCCGAAAUCACAGCACAUGAAGAAUACUGCCCGAUUAUUGUCCUUGGACCGUAUUUUGAAAAGCAGUCAACACGUAUUGCAUCCAUGGAAGCUACAAUUAGGCAGCUUCAGCAACGUAACGAAGUUCUCGAAGAAGGUAUCGCCGCCAUCCGCUCUUCUCUACAAAUAAACCCUCCUAUAUUGCCAACGUCAGAGGGUGCGCCAGACCCACCAGAACCAGUAGUUGAAGACGCACCACCUCCAUCCAUUUCGGAGUUUCAGACCGAGCCAGACGUGCUGCCAGAGCCAGAUGUGCGGCCAGAGCCAGCCGCUCCUGUCGGCAAUACAAACCCCACCACCUACCUCCUCUCCAUCCACGAGUCCCUCCGCGAUGACGUUGCUCAACUCAGCAGCGCUUUAUCCGACUUAGAUGCUCGUACAAAUAUGUCUAUCAUGAAUGAAAAUAUUCGCCUUCGGGAAGACAUGGCCCAUAUAAGCGCAGGGUUGAAUACAGUCCGAAUGCAGGUACAUAUGCUCAUUAAUUCUCGCCUACAUCAAGGGCAACAAAGGGCGAUGACUCCGCGACCCGCCCCACCUGCUGGUAAUGGAGGGACCAAUGAAAUAGAUAUCCCCGGGCCGUCGACCGCUACUGGCCAAGAUCGAGUCGAGCCAGAUUCCCAACCCAGACCCAGGAGACUCAGCGACAGUCGCGAGGGCACGAAAUUAUGA